ACAGUGUGUCCAAAAAUCACUAUCAAUAUCAACCACUAUCAAAAAACUAUCACUGUCAAUACUAUCAAAUGUUACUUCGGUCAUACCCCAUUAUUUUCUGCUGAAGAAUGAGGGCUGUUUUGUAUUUAUUGCUUAAUUUACUUAAUGUUGAAAAGAAUAUGCUAUUACUGUAAACCUGAGAAAAAGAAUGAAAUGUCUGCCCUUCCUCCAAUGCCAUCAAAUGAUGCUGUUUGGAAAAAUUUCCCAGCAGUUGUGUGGCUUAAAGAAACUCCCAUGGUCAUGUGACUGCAGAUACUUCUGGGGCUGGUUGAAUGCAGUGUUUCAUAAAGUGGAUUAUGAACGCAUCAGGGAUGUGGGACCCGAUAGGGCAGCAUCGGAGUGGCUGCUGCGCUGUGGGGCCAUGGUGCGCUACCACAACCAGGAGAGGUGGCAGAAGGACUACAACCACCUCCCCACAGGACCUCUGGACAAGUACAAGGUUCAGGCAAUUGAUGCCACCGACUCUUGUAUCAUGAGCAUUGGAUUUGAUUACAUGGAGGGCCUACACCAUGUUGAAAGAAUAAGGCUACGCAAGUGUCAUUAUAUCAAGGAUGACUAUUUGGAGAAACUUGGUAAACUUGAAAAUUUACAAAAGAGCGUAUUGGAAAUGGAAAUAAUUUCAUGUGUGAAUGUCACAAAGGCAUCAUUGCUUUAUAUCACUCAAGAAACCUGAAAUAUUUACUGUUAAGUGAUCUUCCUGGAGUAAGAAAAAAAGAAAACCUUAUCCGAGCCUUUAAGACAGCACUGCCUUCUCUGGAACUAAAAUUAGA